AUGUCACAUGUAGGGUUGUUGGCAUUUUACGCUGGCCUACUCGCCAGCGCCGCCGCACCACACUUCUCAUUGGCACUUUCCCUACGAUCUGGCGCAGCGACGUCUCAGCAAAACAGCCUCCACACAAAUUCAUUUGCAUCCGGCCAAGUUUCUUUGCGGACGCCGCCCGCAGGCAAUGAGAUAACUGCAGAUUGCCUGGACACCAUAAACAAGCUAAGGAGCGAAAAUCUCAAGGACCUCUUGGGGGCUCUCACCAAGGCAGAGAACAACGAUGUGACUGAAAGCCUGAAGGCGAUCGAAAUAGAGGAAGCCACAACCCUUACUACUGCGACAAUUGCAGCAAAGCUUGCAGGUGACAAUGUAGAGACAUGCGCCUCGGGCGAAAAUGCGGAUGCGAAGACGUAUCCCGGACUCGUCAUUCCAUUCGCGCAUGACAAGGAUUUCGACUGUAACGCUUUGAUCCAGGCGACUUACACAGCCGGACUCGAGCAUCUCAAACAAUCGGACUUCGAACCCUCAACAGGAGCAUAUGAUGUUAACAAUGCUCCAUUCAAUAACGUACACGCCAGCAAUGUGGCGUUUCUGCUGUCGGAAAAAAGCAAAAAGGUCUCAUGUGCCGCAACCAAAAACUGCACAGCUGGGCACGACGUUUUAUUCUGCUACUUCAUAGAGCCACUUCGAAAUGGAGAUAAGCCUUUCACAACUGAGCUUUACAAUGCUCUCUGGGGAUUGGAAACAGGCGCAGCGUCCAUCUCGGUUCCCAGCGCGGCCACCGUUCUUUUCGUCCUGGCUCUGGGCAUUCGGACUUGA